GCGCCCUUUCAUCUCCGUACAAGGAUCUGCACAUGCGCAGGGGGCCGGUCAGGGUUAAGGCGCCUGCGCAGGGCUCGGGCUGCGCAUGCGCAGUCGUGACGCGGGUCUGGUUCUACCGGGUCGGUGGUGGAAGCUGAGCGGGGCCGCGGGAGCCGCCGAGCAACAUGGCGGAACCCGGCCGACCCCAGCGGAAAAUGUCCCGGGCUGGGGAGAGUUUGUACAGAGUCCUGGGCCUGGAGAAGGGGGCUUCUUCAGAGGAGAUCAAGAAGGCAUACAGGAAACUGGCCCUGAAGUACCACCCGGACAAGAACCCCGAGAAUCCCGAGGCAGUGGAGAAGUUCAAGGAGAUCAACAAUGCGAACGCGACGCUGAAUGAUGAGAACAAGCGGCGGAUCUAUGACGAGUACGGCUCCAUGGGGCUCUACGUGGCGGAGCAGUUUGGCGAGGAGAGUGUCAAAUACUACUUCCUCAUGUCCAAGUGGUGGUUCAAGGCCUUGGCUGUGUGCUGUGGCAUCUUCACCUGCUGCUGCUGCUGCUGCUGCUGCUGUUUCUGCUGCGGGAAGUGCCGUCCGCCUGAGGACGAGGACUCCUACAAGUACGUCAACCCUGAGGACCUGGAGGCGCAGAUCCAAGCUGAGGCUGAAGAGACCCAGACACCCAUUGUGGUGCAGCCCCUGCCUGCAGCAGCUGGAGAGGAGCCGCUGCCAGACGCCAGCCUCAGGACUGACGCAUGAGGCCAACUUGGACCUGCUGACUGCCUGUGCCCUUGCCUGGACUCUGGGUGGGAACCCCACUGGGGUUCCUGGCCCCUGUGCUGGGGGCAGCCAGGCCACCUGGCUGCGGCUCGAAUCUCAGGUAAACUGGCAACGCCUGUGGGGCGGCCGUUCCUGCAAGGACUCGCUCCUGCGCCUGCCCAAGGCUCCUCAUGCUGUGACUUCUCUGGCUGCUGCAGCAGCCUGCUGACUGGCCAGGCUCCCUGCACUGGCAUUGCUGCAGAAGGAACCUGAGACUGGAAACCCCUGGGUAACCCCCCCACAGGAGGCUGCACUGCUGCACAGCCCCCAUCCCUCCCUCGGCCAGUCACUCACCACCAGCACCAGCACCCGCCUGGCUUCUCCUCAGCCGGGCCCCUCCCCCCACGCCCCGCAGACACCGAGCUCGCAGGGCGCUGGCUGAGAAGCACAAGCUUGUGCCCCAGCCGUGCAGCCUGGAGUCAAAGGAGACCAACCCCACUGUAACUAGCCCAUGGAGACGGGGCAGCCGCAGGCAGAGCCUGCCGGGCACCCUGCUGCUUCCAGGGGCCUGUCCCUUCCCUGUGUUGGGUGCCAAACGCAGCUCUCCGGGCAGGCGUGGUCCUGGCAGACAGUGCACUCACUGCCUGCUUGCACUCCCGGCCUGGCCUCCACGUGGCACAGAGAACCUCAGUCACUGUGUCUGAGCCUCGGGGUGGCCCUGCCGGCGCCCUGGGGCCCACUGGGACGGUGUGUCAGGGCAAUAAAGGAACCUGUUGUCUGGCCUCAGUGGCACCAUUAAAGGCUGCUGGGGGGCUUGUCUCUCA